AUAAUCUUCAUUCAGUUGGUGUAAUGAUAUAAAAUUUGAUAGGUUUAUGAAUGAACAAAUAUUUUUGUGGUAUGAAACUGAAUGCUUCAUGCUGUACCGUAGAUAGUUUCUCCUCUUGUCUUUUUACCUGCUUGCUAUGGCUAGUCUUUGGGUUUCAGAUGGUGUGUAGUGGUGGUGCCAGUGGUGGUGGUAGUGGUGCCACAGGGGGUGAGGCUCUUGUGUGCCGGGUAGCUGCUGUGGUUCCUGGUACGAGCGAGGCUUCGGCAAGGCAGGCAUUACAUGUUGCCAGUGGGGAUUACCAGGGUGCUGUGCGCUUCCUUAAGGUGGAAAAACUUUACAGACUGGGUGUGGCGAGCAAAGAUGAGUGUGAGGUGAUCUUGGAGGCCAACAGCUGGGAGUUGGAAAGGUCAGCCUCAGCUUUGCUGGACAAGUUUGUCUAAGAGUGGAAAAUAAUAGAGACACGAAGUUGGAUCCCUCUAGAGCUGUGCUGACACACAAACAAAUAUUGCUGUUAUGAUUGUCAGUAUGUGCAGGAACAAAAGUUGUUUAAUCACUUUUUUAUAGAAACAUUAACUCUGUGUAAUCUCUGCUGUAAUACAAAGAAAUGCAGCUACCAUGUGCAUUGUGUACUAUAUACAUCCAUAGAUUUAUAGCUGGUUUCUGUGAUCAGUAUUUGGAAUAUAUCAAUUAUAGAUUUAAA